AAGCGGUAGAAAAUGAAUGAAUGAAUGAAUGAUAUGGCACAAGUUUUGUUUUGAAGGUGAAUCGGUCAAGUGCAUCAUUCCUAGUUUUCACUGUUGCUUUUAGAAACUAUAACAAGUUUCCAUUAUUCUGUAUAAAUAUUUCUCUCUCAUUUAUUGUAACAAGGGAUCAACAAAUGUUGAACUCUAAUGAUAAAUACAAUGCAUAGCUUAACAUUCACUGAGAUAAUGAAUCCACACAAAUACAAAGCCAUAGAUAUCUGGCCAAUGCAGUGAGCACGGAUCUAAUUCUAGAUUUCACCCUAAUAAAAAAAGAUGUAAUUAAUUAAUCAGAUAAUUCACUGCCACGCAUGGCAGGGCACACAUCUGUGCAGCAGAAAUGGGGGGGGGGGGAUGAGCUGAACCGUGCAGCGCCAGUACUUUCCCCUAGUGUGCUUGUCAGCCGUGCUGGAAUCCAGUGCAGCUUUAAAAAAAAAAAGGUCCAGGUCUCCCAAACUCUCAGAUAACUUCUCCUGUACUGUACUGUGCUCUCAGCAUGCGAAUGCAGUGCAGUGUGUUGAGGGGACAGAAAAAUCUGAAGCUGUUUGAGGAAUCGGAGGUGACAUGAAGGAGGCAGCGCCUGUACAAGGCAAACAUAAACUGUGCCACUUCAUCUGAAAACAAUGGGGGACAGGACACUGAGUGUGCUCUCAUCCACAUCUCCAUUGUCUGCCCUCCUCUUUUAGUCCUCCUCUGAGCAUGGAGCAUAAGCUGGGUAAAAGAAGGAGGGGAGGAGAGGGGAGGAGAAGGGGGAGCAGUCGGGGCAGUGGGGGUCUGGCUGUGUUCUUUCUCCUCUGUCUGUGUGCGAAUGCACAGACGGUUCAGAAGUAAUUUGAUGUGUGUCCCUGGGGACAUUUGAUGGAUUAAAGCUAAGCAGCUCCAUUUCGCAGCACCACCUGAUCUUCCACUGCCUGUGCCCCAUAUAAAGGCUGGCGUGAUUGCUGAUCUCAGCUAGUCUGACAGCCUCUCUCUCCCUCCUCUCUCUGUCUGUCUCCAUCUCGUCUCUUCCUCACUGGUCCAUUAAGCCUGCUGCAUCACAGGAGCUAUCCAGUGCUGAUCAGGAUCGCUUUUAUUUUUUAUUUUUUAUUUUUCUGAGGGAAGCUGGGGGAGCCAGAGAGUACCACACAGCAUUGCCGCCAGACUUCACUCCACUGGUUUCCAUUUUCUUUCUUAUCAUAUGUUUUUGGCCGUUGUCUUCACAUUAACCACAAGGAUUACCGUCAAGCCAGCUCCGCUCGUGUGCUUCCUCUUUGAUUUUCUCUCAUGCGUUUUUCUCAGCUCCGUGUUUUUAUCCAUUGAAACAUGCCCCGCUCAUUUUUGGUCAAGAAGAUCAAGCUUGAUGAUUUCUCUUCGUCCAGUGCGUCCAAUCAUCACCACCACCUGGACGACUCGUUCACUUUUUCGCGCUCCAUCACAGACUCGGUGACCAGCCUUGGGGUUCGUCUCAGUGAGAAUGGCUACAUCCAGGAUUACAUCACACCAUCUGGAUACCAGGGGGAGAAGAAGAUGGAGCACAAGCUGGCUUCGCCAGUUUCAGACCCCCUGUACACCCAGGUGAGCAGUGGAGAGGAGUACUGUGACCCUGACCUGAAGCACCCCGACAGCCCCCAGUCUGGCAUGACAGCCAGCGGUUUCUACAGUGGCGAAUCGGAGGCCCUGGCCGAGGGUUACACCAUGGAUGCCUUCUUCAUCUCUGACGGGCGCUCAAGGCGAAAGGGAGACAGUGAGAGUCGUGGUGGGGGCUCCAGAAGCAGCAGUGCCAACGCUGGGGCCCAGGAGAGGGCAGCCGGGACGCCUCGCCACACCUGCAAUGAGUGUGGGAAGACGUACGCCACCUCGUCCAACCUCAGCAGACACAAGCAGACGCACCGCAGCCUGGAUAGCAAGAUGGCCCGCAAGUGUCCCACCUGUGGCAAAGUGUACGUGUCCAUGCCUGCAUUAGCCAUGCACAUCCUCACCCACGACCUCAAGCACAAGUGCGAAGUGUGCAGCAAGGCCUUCAGCCGGCCGUGGCUCCUUCAAGGUCACAUGCGCUCACACACGGGGGAGAAGCCCUUUGCCUGCGCCCACUGUGGCAAAGCCUUUGCUGACCGUUCAAACCUCCGCGCCCACAUGCAAACACACUCUGCCUUCAAGCACUACAGAUGCAAGCGCUGCAAUAAGACCUUCGCUCUCAAGUCCUACCUGAACAAGCACUAUGAGUCAGCUUGCUUCAAGGGCUCUGCAGACGAAGAUGACUCUGGAUCGGAAAACUAACCACGAGGAAGAAGCAAAAUUUUGAACCCCUGUUGUAGGUUCACAACCAAUAACCCUGUUCACUUUGCCCUCCAUGCCUUUUUUCUUCCCUUUUUAGAAAGCAAUAUUUUCACUGAGAUUACGUGAAGAAACUCUAAUGAUUAUGGCAAAGACGAUUUCAAAAGAUGCUGGAUUUUUUUCCCUGCACAGUAGCUAAUCGUCCACAGAAACAUACAAUCAAACAACCUUCCCCCAAACAGAGACUGUAGAUGAUAGUUGUACACAUUUAAGCAACAUGUGCUCGCAUGGACGUGGGUUCAUGUAAGCACUCACACAGACGUAUAUGCACACACACACACACACACACACGAACAAACAUAUACACACUUACACACACAAUUAUAUAUGAGGCCUGGCAUGUGAAUUUUUAUCAAUGAUUAUAAUAAUAUUGAUAUCAAUAGUAAUAAUAUUUAGAUUCCUGAUAUUUUAUAGCAAAUAGUAAUGAGAAAAUGAAAAAAAGAUAAUAAAAAAGGACUAACAGUGUUCUUUUGUUUUUUUAGAGACAAAAUGACCUCUUGUAUUUUUAUGCUGCUUUUUAUUUGCUAAGAAUUGAAUUCUUUUGCAACUGCCAACAUGAACUUUUUAUGAAAAUGUGAACUAUGACAGUAUUUGCAAAAAAAAGCGAGAUCAUUUUAAAAGGUGAAAAGACAAGCCCCUUUCUCCAUACCAGUCUUUCAAUUGAACAGAUGUUAUUUUUCUAUUUCAUUUUUCUACAUUUUUUGUGCUUUUUUUUAUCUUUUAUUUACUUAAAAGCAUCUUUGUAACUGUGGGUAUUCAAAAUAGUAAUAAUAAUUUAAAUAAGCUAUACAAGAUCAUAGGCCAUAGGUCAUUCAAUUUGAUUCUGGAAGAGCAGGCCUGUUGAACAGGUUAUUCAUAGUCUCGCCCUGGUGUACAGACUUGGACAAAAACACACCAAAUAAUCUGUCGUUGUAAGUGCCAUGUGCGGUUGACACGUCUAUAGCAAUGAAAACUCUCAUUGUUCUUCCUCCACCAUGGUGGCUUGCAUAAACUCUGCUGCCUUUAUGGUGCAUCGUCCAAACUUAAACUAUCGUCAGCCAGUGUUUGAGGUGCUUCCUCUCCACCAGUGUUACCUCAGAGUGAAGCUAUGGACUCACACACCCUCAGUUACAAAGUGAUGAUCAAAUUAUUCUGUCUGUCUGUUUUAUAUGUCGCUCAAAGCUCCGCCCUCGGUUUAGAUUCAUACCAUCUAUUUAUCAUGUAAAUACAUUAUUUAUAUACCUAUUUAUUUACCUUGUUUUGUGUAUUUAUUGAAGAUUUGCCUAUUUGUUAAUGAUCAUGUAUUUAUUUUAAUUUAAAAAAUGAACAUCCAUCAACCUUGUAAGAUGCUGCUGAUCUUCACAGAAAAUGUUUAUAUGCAUGAAAACUGUAGAAAGUCCUUGGGACUUAGUUUUUUUAUUUUAAUUUAUUUUAAGAGGAACAAUGUACGGUACCAGUGCUAGAAGACUUCACACAAAUUAAUGCUGAAUUACUUUUGUUUUCGACUUCACUGAUGUAACAAGUGACGAUCACAGCUGUCCUGCUUCCCGUCGAUUUAGGGCAAUAAAAAGAAAUGGUGAAAACAAAACACUAAGACAUGUUUCCCUCCCAAAGGUUCACUGCGUCCUCAUGACUGGAGAUUUUGGCCCUUUGUUUAAACCUCAGGCAAUAAACAAUUGCUAUAAAUGGCAAUGUGCAUUUAGGUGUUGACAGUAAAUGUUUAAUACUGUUUGUUUAAAUUAGAAAGUCUUGUAAUCUAGUUACACUAAGGUUUUAAAGGUGCACAAGCAAUAACAAUAGCAACACAGUGUCUAUGGGCAACACUCAGUCCUUUAUACAGCCUUUAUAAAGUCCAAACUUCUGCCACUGUUAAUUCAACUGGAAAAGGCUGCUAUUUCUUAAUAUCUUUAUUUUUCAAUUGCCUCUUUUGUUUUUGAGCAACCAGGUAGAAACCUCUCUUCUGGCAGCUGAAGGGCAGAAGCGCUCAAAGUUUAAGUAUUAAACAAUAGAUUCAUUAAACAACAAUUUACAAGGUCACUGACACAACAACGCUUGUAAAUAGUCACAUUCACUGCUCUUAACUUUUCACCGCAGUUUGAAACAGCCAAAGGAGAGAAUACUGUGCAGAUAACAUGUGCUUGGCUCUAUGUAUUUCUAAUCAGCACUAAUGGAAAUGAUCUUGACAUGAACUGUCUCGUUACAGGCUUUCAAGAUUGUUGAUGUAAAACAAGGUUCUACAAUUCACCUUCUAACACCCCCACCCCCCUUUAUUUGUCCCUGCUUCACAUCAGAUACCUCCCCACCAGCCAUCCUCAUCUCAUCCAAACUGCCUCUAAAGAGACGCAGCGAGGAUGAGAUGUGCUGAAGUGGGAUUGGCGGAGGGCGGCGGAGUGUGGGAGGAUAACAGGUGUUUGCAGACAGACCGCAGAUAGGGAGUGUAAUUGAGUCGGUGAGCGACCUCCAAGGGGAAGGUCAAGCACCAGCAGGCAAAUGCACCGUCAGCUAUUUGCAUAUUCCAAAUAGACGACAUGAUUGCAGUAAUGCUGAGCUUGACCUGAAAGAUAUCAUUAUAAAAAAAGAAACCACAAACAUGAGUAGAAAAGAAAAAAGAGGAGUUUGUGCUCUGUCCAUCCUCUCCUCCAUUUCACCAUUAUCCUGUCAAGGGUCACGCUGCAGCUGAAUCACUGCAUGAGAGCAUCCAAACCACCUGUCUCCUUAGAGAACACAUAGUUUGGCACGUCGCUGCACUACUGCUUCCAGUGGGUUCUUUGUUAUAUGUUUUACAUUUUACUGUGGGACAGAAAUUAUAAAGCAUCUCCAAAACCUUGAGACUGUGUUUUAAAACGACAGAUAAAAGCAUUGAGAUCACUGAAAUAUCAAUUGGAAAUGAGUGUAGGCUUGUAUCUUAAACUGGCAGAACAGAAAAGGAGGCACAAUUUGAUUCUAAACUUCUGAAUUAAGACAUAGGGAGACAUUGUUCCUCUUUGACAAUUUUGUAAAUAUAUCUGUACAUAUAUCACAGCAAUAAUAUGACAAUGCAUGUAGACAUUUAAAUGCUCUUUUUCUAUUCAUGUUGUCUUUUUUUUAAUUAAAAAGACAAAUACAGGUACCAUUUGCAGUCUGGAUGGCCAUGUGAAUCAGGGAGUGUCUUGACUAAAACGCUAUCUGUUUUAAGUUACAAAUGAAAACUUCAAGCUCUGUGUAUUCUCAAAGAUUUGAUGAUGUUCUGUAUGAUUUUUCUGUUCUUGUUUCCUUUUAUUUAUGUGCCCGGCUUGGCUGCGCAAUGAAAAAGUGCCAAAAAAGUAUGAUUUCCAUGACAAAAGCCUUCAACAUAUGGUUGGCUGCUUGAAACCUUCCAUAUGGUCCUCAAAGAAAAAAAAAUACUGAUUAAGAUUUUCCACUUUCCUUCUCACUCUCUCUUUAUCUUUCUCCAGAUGAGUACGAAGAAACUUAAGCCAUGAUUGCUGAGGGGUGUUUUGAUUUUUCUUGUUCUGCUACAAUUAAUACUGAUGACAACAAUAGCAAUGAUAACAUUAAUAAA